GCAUCCGAGGGGGAUGGUGCCAGUCGAGCUAGAGGGAUGUGCAAUUCGGACGCCCAUUUGGUUUAUAGCGUCAACGAUAUACGUGGUCUGGGAUGUCGAGAUUAUUACCCAGGAACUUCCGUUUUUCUCGUCGUAGGGCAGGAGUGGUGCUAGGUACUACUGGCGUGCUGUCCUAUUGCGUGUAUACCUCAGCAGUGCUGCAUUCCGACGCUAACCCUCCAGAACGUUUUCGUUUCCCAACUGUCGAGUCUAAACAGCAUGUUCUGGAUCGUAUGAAAAGCCAGAAGCGUGUUGAGAGUUUUGACACGCGCUUUCCUGUAGAUGUUGACACCAAACUACGUGAACACGAGAGGUCUAGGAUUGGAGAAAAGAACUCAGGAAUAUCACGCUAUGAUAUCGCACAUGUAUCAAGUAAUCUACCGUCUGAAGAUGAUCAUUCAGAAGUUAUCGUAUCUACACCUGCAAGCUCAUGGGGCUUUUCGCAUUAUUUGACGGCCAUGCUGGCUGGGAGACUAGCGCGUGGCUGAGCAAAAAUCUUGUACCAGCUGUCGUAGGAUCACUUGCAGACCUCUACUCGAAAUAUGCUGAAAGCGAUGCAAAAACGAAAAAGUCAUCCAAGUCUCAACAGGAUGAAAUCAUUUCUCCUCCGCCAAAUGCGGUAGACGAUACAAUCAAAGAUACCUUCAAACGACUUGAUGAUGACAUCGUCCACGCACCUCUUGAACGUGUUUUUGCGUCUCCCUCGAAAGAUGCAGCGGUCAACUUACUCGCUCCUGCUAAUGCUGGCUCUUGUGCUCUCCUCGCUUUCUACGAUCCUCAGACUCGGUUGUUACGCAUUGCUCUCACUGGCGACUUGCGAGCUGUUCUUGGACGUCGCAAAACAGACGAUGACGGCAACAUCACUUACGACGUCCAUGUCCUUUCUGCCGACCAGAAUGCGUAUAAUAAGGAUGAGGAACAGCGUAUGCAAGCGCAGCAUCCAGGGGAAGAAAUCAUGAAGAAUGGUCGUGUUCUGGGGUGGGGCCCAUCCCGCGCUUUUGGCGACGCACGCAUGAAAUGGAAUCUCGAUAUUCAAGCACGGCUCAAGAAAGAAUAUCUCGGUCGCACACCCUACAAGAACGUCAAAACUCCUCCUUACUUCACUGCAGAGCCAGAAAUUACAACUACAGAAGUGAAACCCGGAGACUUUUUGAUUCUCGCUACAGAUGGAUUAUGGGAGAGUUUGAGCAAUCCUGAAGCGGUCGGAUUGGUGGGCAUGUGGCUUAGUCACAAUGAACGAGAACGGAAGGGUCUCGGUCGUAUAGAGGGCAGUCACUCGGGUGUCUUCUUACGAUCAGAGUUGCCUGUCAUUCUUGGUGAAGAUGAUGAUGGUACCUCUCGGUUUGCUCAGUGGAGUGCCAAGAAACAAUUUGUCAGCGUUGACCAUAACGCUGCGACGCAUCUUGUUAGAAAUGCUUUGGGAGGCGCAGAUAAAGAUCUAACUGCAGCGCUCCUCAGUAUCAACUCACCUCGAUCUCGGAGCUACAUAAAUCCAUUAUACAAGAGCCAUACCAUCGCUGCCAUGACAGGCGUCAAAAAAACCAUGCGGAUAUAUCAAGAGGACCUAUCUGCUUUGAUCGAUGACUUGACAUAUUCUGCUCUUCUACGGACGAUAUAUAAUACUACUGAUAUCACAUCUGAAUACGGUUUAGUUCCUCGACGAGCUGAAUAG